UCGCCCUCGUAAGAAUUCUUUUGUUUUUUUUUUUGUCUGAAACGUUGAAACACUCUUCAUCGACGUUAAGGUAGGAAGGAUUCGAAAAAAACUCGCUGUUUGUUGUUCAAGUGUGAAGAAAAAGGCGUCAGGAAGCUAAAACUAAAACCGAAGAAGAAGAUGGCGAAGAAGAGAGAUCGAAUUGUCAACACAGAGCCUUUUAUCACCCAUAAAGACGACUCCGUGGUGGCUUCUUCCAGGAAGCGAUCAAAGGCUCCCAAAACCCAUCAGCAGCAAGAGAAGUUGAUUGAGGCUGGUAUUAGCUCCAAGAUCAUGAACGUAGCUCUCGCUCAGCAAAAAGAGAUCGCUGAUGAAGAGAACGCCGAGAUGUACCCCAGCACCGCUGUGUUUUCCGCUGUCGCUGCCUUGACUGCGGAAGAGGAGAAGAAAGUGAUUGAGGAGGAAGAUGAUAUUGAUGACUUUGAUGGAAAGUUCGAAGAUGAGAGUUAUCAAGAAGAUAUUAAUGAAGACGACGAGAAGUUGUUUGAGUCAUUUUUUGUUAAGAACGCGCCUCCUCAGCGUACUCUAGCGGAUAUCAUCAUCAAGAAGAUCAAAGAUAAUGACUCCCAGUUAGCUGAAGAAGAGCGUCCAGAUCCUCAAAUGGACCCUAUGAUUGCUAAACUAUAUAAAGGUGUUGCCAAGCUUAUGUGCGAAUACACGGUUGGGAAAAUGCCGAAAGCAUUUGUGCGUAUCACUAAAAUGGAACGAUGGCAGGAUGUGUUGUACUUGACAGAGCCAGAGAAAUGGUCGCCUAACGCAAUGUAUCAAGCCACAAGAAUCUUUGCUCACCACUUGAAAAACAGCAAGAUUCAGCGGUUUUACAACUACGUUCUGCUUCCCCGGGUUAGAGAGGAUAUUAGGAAGAACAAGAGGCUGCAUUUUGCUCUGUACCAGGCUGUGAAAAAGUCACUAUACAAGCCUAGUGCAUUCAACAAAGGGAUUCUAUUCCCCCUUUGUAAGUCGGGUACAUGCAGUCUCCGUGAAGCUGUUAUUCUAGGGAGCAUUCUCGAAAAGUGCUCUUUCCCAGUGGAUCACUCUGGUAUUGCUUUGCUAAACCUAGCUGAGAUGGAGUAUUGUGGCACAACAAGCUACUUCAUAAAAACUCUUUUGGAUAAAAAAUAUUGUAUGCCAUAUAGAGUGCUUGAUGCAUUGGUAGCUCAUUUCAUGAGAUUCGUGGACGAAAUUAGAGUUAUGCCUGUGAUUUGGCACCAGUCUCUUCUUACUUUUGUGCAACGGUACAAAUAUGAGCUACUAAAAGAAGACAAAGAGCAUUUACAAACUCUCAUCAAGAGGCAAAAGCACCAUCUUGUUACUCCUGAGAUUGUGAGAGAGCUUCAGGGUAGCAGAAACCGUGGGGAAAAAGAUGAUCAUAUCUUGACUAAUUCUUCUUCAGUUACUACAAUCAACUACCCGAUCAAAGAAGACAGGUUUGACAUUCCUGAAGUGCCAAUGGAAGAGGACUGAUUCUUUUUUCUUUUCGUGUUUUGGUUUUGGAAUGACAUAGAAUAACACUGUGAAAUUUCAGUUUUGUCAUAGUUAUUUGAUUCAUUUUAAGUCUGGAUAGAUCCUUGAUUA